AUGAGCUACAACGAAGAGCGUGGAGCUCUUGGUGUUCGCUUGGCUCUGGGGCAAACUAGCCGGGAACCACGAGUUAUUCAGAUCGCCUGUUGUCAUUCCCCGACCUGUCUAGAGUGCCGAAGAAGUCGACUUAACUGCCCGUACUAUUUCCGCGUAUCAUGUCGACUAUCGACGUUUCUGCAGCAAGAUCUUGCGGAACUGGGUGAGGACGAGGAGGUACCACUGGAGGCGGAACAGAACAGCCUUUCGAUUCAUAACGAAUCUGAUAGAAUGUCCCUUCACCGAUAUGUUCGCCUGCAGCACCCUGGCUUACCAUCUUCAAAUCUGGUUUUCCACCCCGAAGUUGACAUUCUAUGGCUUCACUUUGACGCCGAGACAGAAAUUGCAUAUGAGCUCCGACGAUCCUAUGGCCGACAACUUGACCAUUUCAAAAACGUCAUCGUCGAGGAAACGGGGCUUUGGGGGAAUUUGGAAAAGGCCCUGGAGAUCAUGCGGUCUUUCCGUAACAUCCAGAUUGUCCACGUAUGGCUUGAAAGCAAUCGUUACGACGAAGUCGAGACACAAAGAACAACGGAGGAACUUCUGGAAGUUGCAAGGAAGCUGCAGAUGAGAGACCGACCAGCACUUCGAAGACUUAACUGGGUAGUGAAUUAUGUAGACGAUGAUGGUCAAGUCUAUGGGGGAUUCCGAGCCAACAGCAAUUGA